UUCCCUUCAAAUACCUACCAAAUCAAUCAACAUUUUCUAAACAAGACCAAAAAAAAAAUAAAUCAAUAUGCAAUCCAUUUCUUUGAUAAAUUCCACCCCAUUAUUCCACCAAUUUUCAUCAACCAAAUCAAAGGAUUCUAAUUGCAAGAAAUCCAUUUCAUUUGUUCCAAUUAUGGCUUCCAAAAGAGAGAAUAAUUUCGGUGGUGGCAAGUUAGUGGAUGAAAGUAUGAUAAUCCUACGGAAAAGGAUCCAUGAGAUGAACAUGAUUGAGAAGAACUAUGAAGCACCUUCUAAUUGGAUGGAAUGGGAGAAAAGUUGCUAUUAUACAAAUUAUGAUUCAAUCAUAUGUGAAGCAAUGAGUAUUUUACAGACCAAGUUGAUGAAUACUAGGCCAAGUGUUGCUUUUGGGGCUAUGGCUUUUGUUGCUGUUAGUGUUCCAUUUUCUUCUUUUCUUGUUUUUGUUCAUCUUCUGGAAUUUGCUAAAUCUGUUUUGUGAUUAUUGUAAUGUUUUGAGUUAGUGGUUUGUUAUUUGGAAAAGCCAACUAAUUCAUUUUAAAUAUAUAUAUAUAUGCAAUCUCAUUGAAAUA